CGGCCCUCCCUCUUCUUGACUUGCGCCACCCCACCCCACCCAAACCCCCACCGCCGGAGGAAGGAGGAGACGCCGCCGCCGCCGCCGCAGCCAUGUCGGGGGGAAUCGCGCGCGGCCGCCUCGCGGAGGAGCGGAAGGCGUGGCGGAAGAACCACCCACACGGUUUCGUCGCCAAGCCGGAGACGUUGGCCGACGGGACGGUCAACCUCAUGAUCUGGCACUGCACAAUCCCCGGCAAGCAAGGGACUGAUUGGGAAGGUGGAUACUUUCCUCUCACUCUUCAUUUCAGUGAGGAUUACCCUAGCAAACCUCCCAAGUGCAAGUUCCCACAGGGUUUCUUCCACCCAAAUGUCUAUCCUUCAGGGACAGUCUGCCUUUCAAUUCUUAAUGAAGACAGCGGUUGGAGACCUGCUAUUACCGUCAAGCAAAUUCUUGUUGGAAUCCAGGACUUGCUUGAUCAGCCUAAUCCUGCUGAUCCUGCUCAGACCGAUGGUUACCAUCUUUUUAUCCAGGAUCCUACGGAAUACAAGAGGCGUGUUCGGCUGCAGGCCAAGCAGUAUCCUCCGAUUGUCUGAGAAUAUUGGCAUAGGGACCCAUGCUGCACAUUCGCUUAGUUCUUGCUAGAUCUAAAAUGAGUGCCUCUGCAAAUAUGGAUUAGACCAAAAUAUGACCUGGAAAAAGGGUGCUUUCGGAGUUUGAGAAGUAUUAUCAUCGUUGUGGACUAAUGUCUUGUGAGAUCCGUCUUGGAUGUAAACGGUUUUCUUAACUGUGAUUUUUCAACCGUUUGAGUGCUUGCUUUAUGGGAUAAUGUCAAACAUUGGUUUGGCAGGCAAUCUCAAGAGUAUUGCUAUUUCUGUGCUAGUCUAUAUGAAAACCCAGAUUAAAUUCGACGAAACAUAUUAGUUUGCAAAAAGAUGUGGCAACUUCCAUA